AUGUUCGCAUUGUUAUUGAUCUUGACUUGCUGCCAACUGUGGAGUUGGCACGCUGAGAGUGCUGCCAUUAAAGAACCGGUGCCAAUCCUCCAUUCGGUGGCCAAACAGCUGAACUCGGGUUCAUAUUUCUUUAUGUACGAGGGCGCAGAUGGCACUUAUCGCGAGGAACUGGGCAUUGUGAAUUCAGAUUCGAAGUCAACAGAUGAGGAUGACGAUGAUGGCGAUCUGGAGGUGUCUGGUAUUUACCGCUAUAUCGAUGACGGUGGACAGGCUUUGGAAGUCAGCUAUACUGCCGACAAGAAUGGUUUUUUGCCCCAUGUUAAAUACAUUUCCAAGGGGAAGACGAUAAAUAAAGCGCCAUAGAGCCAUUAACUUAGAUGGGCACACAUUCUUGAAAAUGUUAGCCAGACAAUUACCAAAGCCAAGCGCCGAGCAACGAUCCAGGCGCGAAUGCCCAGCUUUGGGCCAUAAGGAGCGGCACACGGUUAAAAAUUACAUAGAAAUAGUUCAUUUUUAAAUUAUUAAACGUAAAUAGAUGAUUAUUUGUAGUACUCUUUGAGUAAUUUUUAAUAAAUUUUAAGAUUAAAG